AUGGAAGAGGGCAAGUUUAAAAAUGUCCAGGAUAUUCUACAACUGAACGUGCAAGGUUGUUUAUACACAGCCAGAUGCGAGUCUUUGUGCCACUUCAGAGACUCCAUGCUGGCUUCCAUGUAGGGACACUUUCCUUUAAAAGUGGAUGAAUCAGGCACAUGUCUAACUAAUCGAGAUGCAAACCAGUUUAAAUAUCUUUUGGAUUAUCUUCAUGGAGAAGUUCAGAUUCCUGGAGAUGAACAAAUUUGAACUGCACUGCAGGAGGUAGCAGAUUAUUCCAGAAUCCUUUAUCCAGACAGUCUGCUUGAUGAUUUGGCCAACGAAAUGGAAACCUAUUCUUUGAUAGAAUAGAUUAAAAAGGUCUUGACAUUUCUUAACAUUUUUGACAAUCACACCUGCAUGGACCCCAACCUUCAGACAGUCACACCUGCAUGGACCCCAACCUUCAGACAAUCACAUCUGUAUGGACCCCAACCUUCAGACAAUCACACCUGUAUGGACCCCAACCUUCAGACAAUCACAUCUGCUGGGAACAUUAAUAUUUAUUCCAAGAGUAUUUGGAAACAAGAAGCUGGAAAUAACAUCCAAUACAUCUGGAGCUAUUACUCAGUAGCUGAGCUGAAAAAGGUGAUGGGUGCUUUCGAUGCCUGGGUAGGGAAAAAAGGAAUUUCUAGAACUUCCUCUCUGCAGUUUUACAGUGAUACUUUUGAUURCACCUCCAUUCUCAGUGCAUUACCAAAAGCAUCCUUUUGCAGACGAUUAAUCAACUAUACUGAAGAGGAAGGCUCUUUACCAUGUAAAGUAUGUCCCAAGCCAAUUAUUUUCUCAGGUCCCUCAACAAGUACCCACAUAAAAAUCAAGAAUUCAGCUUGAAAAUCAAGAAUUCAGCAAGAAAAUCAAGAAUUCAGCUUGAAAAUCGCUGCUGGUGAUGCUUCACAUUCUGCAGCAAUUCUUAAACGACUUCAUAGUGAAAGAAGUCUGACAAAGCUGCACAAAGAAUCUUCUGAAACCACAUCCACAAAAUGCUCAUCAGUGCCCAGCAAUUCCAGGGAUCCCCGGGGAAGGCAGAGUGCUGGCAAUGGGACACUGGGCCAAAUGACAUUCCAGCUUGCAGGGAGUAAAAAACCUGUAAAUAACCGUGUGGUGAAGCUGAAAAGAACUCCACUUUUUCUUGUGGCACCAUCUCAGCCACCUCCUUCUGUUUGCAGUAAAACAAAUGAACAGCACAGUGCUGCUGUUGAAAUUCCUACAACUUCUACAGUAGUAAACAAGAAAGAACCAGCUGUAUUAGCAGAAAAUAUUGCACUGAUUAAGUGGAUGGAUAAUGUUUGA